AUGUUUGGAUAUCUCAUCGCAGCUGCUCGCCACGUCGUCAACACUCUUUACCCUGCCUAUGUGCAGGAAGAUGAGAAUCACGUCCCUCACUCCCUGCCACUCGCCAUCGAGUACACACGCGAGACCGUGACCACUGUCCAGGUUCGCGGUAGCGAACACGUUGAAUACACUAUGCGUCAAUUCGAGCCGCCUGCCUAUGAUGGCCACAUCUUCGACACCGAUUCCCUUCGCAUCCCUCCAAACGAGGAGACCUGUCUGUUUUGGAUGACAGAACAUCCGCUUCCGCACGCACACUUCAAGCUUGGGGACAUCUUUCAGUUACAGCUAUACGAUGGGCCCAACCAGAUCACAGCAGACGUGCAUUUCCAGCGAGCCAUCUACAACAAUGUCGACGAUGUGAUUGUCAUCCUUGCUACUCUAGCUCCUCCCGCUUCACUCCGCCGAGGUCACACCAAGCUUUUCCGAUACUUCGCCUACGAGCACUACGCCAUGCUCUCUAUGGUUCUCAAGAGUGAAGGUCUCCCACUUGCCGAAGAUCCAUGGCAUUAUAUUCCCAUUUUCGUACCUGCCAACCACCUUGGACGUACACAUCAUGACUUGCGUACGAGCACCCACCCCAUCGGUCACGUCCGUCUCUACGCUGCAAAUGGCAUUAAGCAGAGCAUGCGUCGCUUCACACUUCCUUACGACGAUAUCCGCGGACACUUACCCCGACCCUUUCCGGUCACAGGACUGCUUCAGUACUCGACAAU